AUGUCCCGAGGAGUUUUCUUUUUAGUCCUUUGCGUUUGUCUAACUUCAACUCACGGGUUAACUCUGAUUGAAGCGAGCGAGGCUCGUGAAGCAGCUGUUCGUAAUAUACAUUUGUUGGAAAGACCAAUCAUCAAGGAUAUACCUUCCAGUCCUAAAGUUCGCGUUAACUGGGAUGGUCAUGUGUUUGUGGCAGGAAAAGACGGAGAGAACCAUUCACCACUUCGUUCAACUUUCUCGGAACUGUUUGAGGGUCGGCCGGUAGAUUGA